AUGUUUGAGGAGCAGGCGACCAAGGUCAAGAUCAUGUCGGUGGUGAUUGUGGUGGGAAUGUCCUCGAUGCUGGUGGCUGUGGUCACUGACCACUGGGCUGUGCUGAGUCCACGCGUGGAGAAGCUCAACGCCACCUGUGAGGCGGCUCACUUCGGCCUGUGGAGGCUCUGUAAAAAGACCAUCUUCAUUGUGGAGGAGGAUCCUCAGGGCAAAGGUUGCGGCCCCAUCAGUUUACCAGGAGCGAAAAACUGUUCCUAUUUCAAACACUUCACAUCAGGAGAAGAAGCUGAAGUUUUUGAAGUCAAGACCCAGAAAGAGUACAAUAUCUCAGCAGCAGCCAUUGCCAUAUUCAGCCUGUUCUUCAUGAUCCUGGGCACUCUCUGUGUCAUCUUCUCUUUCGGGAAGGGGCGUGACUACUUGCUCCGGCCCGCUGGGAUGUUCUUUGCCUUUGCAGGCCUCUGCAUCAUCAUCUCUGUCGAGGUGAUGCGUCAGUCUGUCAAACGCAUGAUCGACAGCGACGAGACCAUCUGGAUCGAGUACUACUACUCGUGGUCCUUCACCUGCGCCUGUGCCUCCUUCACCAUCCUCAUCCUCAGUGGAGCUGCCCUGCUGCUCAUCUCCAUGCCCCACAUGCCGCGCAAUCCCUGGGAGACCUGCAUGGACGCUGAGCCUGACACCUUAGAUUAGCCACAGGCGACGCAGCAGACACAUCCGGAAGGAAGGAACGGUUGAAGUGACAAAAAAACAACAACACAUCAAUCAUCAUUUUACAUUAACAUGUUUUAGCAUUUCAUUUCCCAUAUUCCACAUGUCCAGUGAUUUUAGUCCAUGCUAGUAAAAUCAGCUUAUUGAUAGAGAACAAUAGUUAACAAUGGUGUUCAUGUUGUUUUUCACAUGUAACACAAACAGGCAUUUUCUAAAUACUCUUCCAUGUUCCAUUAGAUCAUAUCUGAGUUAUUAGCUGAAUGUUACCAUUUAUUUUCAACUCAAUUCUUUUGUUUUUUCAUAGAUUUUCAUAUCAAUUUGAAAGAAAACCAAGGCACUAAAAAGCCUGCAAUUUAAGAAAAGGUUAAAAAAAAAAUUAUUAUUUGUUAAAUUUAGUCAAAUGUAGUGUGGUACUUUUUUAUUGCUGCAGCCCAAUAAAAACAAUGUGGCACCAUAUAUUCCUAAAGGUUAAGAAUGUAACAAAUAAAUUAAGCUUAAUUUUAACAUUUUUCUGUCCUGUAUAUAGGCAAGUUCUUUAUAUUGUUGUCAAAUGAAAACCUCGUUCAGGUCAAGAGUGGCUUUUUAAUUCUAAUCAUAUUCACAGUUUCAGUACAAUCAAUAAAAAAACAAAACACUUUUCACUUGACAGCCAUCAUUUUUAUUUCCCCCGUCCAAGCUGCCACAGUAUUGUUAACAAAACAAUGGCCUUGGUCUAACGUGUUAUUUUUGUAGUGAGCUGCUCUGGCCCUGAAGUCACUCAGCUGAUGCAGGUGGAGUGAAAUGAAAGUUUCUUAAAUGGCGCCGUUUCACCAGGAAACACAGCAAAAGAAACGAUUACAUGUAGCUCUGAGGCCCUGAUGACAAAAACAUGACUGGGUUUUUUCUUACUGCAAAUCAAAAAGGAUACAGGUUUAUGUUUUAGGAAAAUAAACCAUUACCUGUCCGUUGUUGUUGUUUUUAAUUGUUAUUGACUGUUUUAUACCAUGUUCAGUUUGACAAGAACCAGCUGUUAUUUGGUGUUCAUACAGUUUAUAUUUAAGAUUAUUUAGCAUAAUUUAGGAUUGUCCACGUGGACUUUAGCAUCUCACACCUGUAUUGUUUGUUUUAUUUUAGAUUUUUACAUUCUUAUACAGUAUAUAGGUCCAUUAUGGUGUUCUGUUUUUCCAAAAGUAAAAUGAAAUAAAAA